UCGGUUUUUGCUCUCUUAGCAUAAGAAAAAGCAUUAGUUUCAUUUAUUCGGAAGAAGAAAGCAGAAGAGCAAUAGUUGGUGAAAAGCUGUGAAUUUAGAUAAAAAAAAGGAAAAGGACUAAAACUAAGGACUUACUACAAAAGAAGAUUCCUAAAAAAGAAUUUAAGGAAGAAGCAAUUAUAAAAAAGAAGUUUACAAGUUUUAUGAAAGUGCAUUGAAGGAGAAAACAAGACAGGAAGUUCAAACAUAUGGUGGAGAAAGAAUAUUAUUAAAUAACAGAUAAAAGGGAUUAAAAGGAUAAGAAUUGUGUGCCCCUUAAAGCAUUGAAAAAUGGAAAUUAAGACGAAAUUAUUUAUUCUUUUUAUCUUUUCGCAUUUUACAAAUGCUGGUAAUAUCCUUGUUCUGAUAGCACGUCCGUAUAAAAGUCAUAUUGUGUGGAUAAAUGUCUUAGCUACCGAACUAGCUGAAAGAGGACACAACAUCACGUUCUUAUCAACUGAUAUUUAUGGCAAAGAAAUGCCAAAUAUGCAUCAUCUUCAAUUAGACGUGACAAAAGAAAUGCAUAAGAAAGCAGUAGAAGAAUUUGAUCUGUUUGCGAUGGGGGAAGAAAUUAACAUAGAUUUGUUUAUCAAUGAAUUUAGAGUUAUACAAAACACCUGUGCUCAAUCAACGGGUUAUCAACGACUCCUGGAGUAUCCUGACGAUUUUAAGUUUGAUUUGGUUAUAUUUGAAUAUACAGAAGAGCCAAUUCUACUAGAUAUUGUCGAAAAGUUCGGAGAUCCACCAAUAAUUGGUGCCUCAUCCGUAGCUGUACCAUUUGUUUCCAAUUACGUCAUUCCGAGUUUAAUUUCGCCAUCAUUUGUGAAAUAUAAUUUCAUAAGGAAUAGUAGGAGUUUGUCGGGUUUCUGCGGAAGAUUUGUAAAUUAUUUAAAUAUUUUUCGGAUGGAGAUUUACAAACGAUACAAUGCAAUGCCUUUAAACCAACUGAAAAACGUUGAAUUUAAGAGAAAAGUCAAAUUAAUCCUUGUCAAUAAACAUCCUGCAGCGGAUGAACUUUCUCCGCUUUGGCCGAAUGUGAUUCCUGUCGGAGGACUUCACAUUAAACCCUCUAAGGAUCUACCAAAAGAUCUUAAGGAUAUUCUGGAUAAAGCGAAAGAUGGAGCGAUCCUUUUCUCUUUGGGAACAGUUGCAGAGAGUUCAAAGUUGGGAAAAGCUCGUUUAACGGAAAUUGUGGAAGCUUUUCGUGCUCUACCGCAGUACACGUUCCUCUGGAAGUACGAGAACAGCUUCUUGCUCUUUGAAAGACCUCCAAAUGUGGUAAUAAGGAAAUGGCUGCCUCAGAAUGAUAUCCUGGCCCAUCCCAAUGUGAAACUAUUCAUCACACACGGCGGUAUUCUCAGUAUUCAUGAAACUAUUUGGCAUGGUGUUCCUGCCCUCGGUGUUCCCGUUUUACUUGACCAAUUUAGCAACAUUGAAUACUGUGUAGGAUCAGGAUUCGCCGAGGAAGAAGAUAUAACGAAGAUUGAACGGAAUUCCUUCAAGAAACUAAUUAUAAAGAUGAUAAAUGACCCAAAAUACAAGGAGAACGUGAAGCUGCAUUCUAAACUCUUCAGGGAUCAGAUAGACAGUCCUCUGGAGCGAGCUGUUUGGUGGACAGAGUUCGUCAUGCGUCAUCCUAAUAUGACCUUUAUGAGUCCUCCUUAUACAGAUGUUAGCCCCUUCAUCAGGCAUUCAUGGGAUGUUUUGGCUUUCAUCUUUUCAAUUUUUCUUAUUAUUUUUUACAUAAUUUUUGUCUUGAUUUCCUUCUUCAUAAGAAAAUGCAUAAAAAAAUAUUUAUUUAGUCAUUUCAGGAAGGUCAAAAAUGAAUAAAUUUAUUCUAAUAAAUAUUAUAAAUAUAAUUGUAAAGAAACCGAAAAUAAAUGGAAGCUAAAUAAUCUUCGGUGAGCAUA